CAGUUGAAGGCAGCAGGGUGGGUGUACUGUACGAGGCUACAGCAGCGGGCAUUCUCUGGUGCGCCCCAGAUGCCGAAGCAGAAGGACCUGCAGCCUGCCAAUAUGGGGAUCGGCUUCCUGGUCGGUAUUUUUCUACUUGCUCCCGUAGCAGAGCCAGCGGCACAAUACGUUUGUUGGUUGCCAAAGGAUCCAGGGUCAUGCAGAGCUGCUCAUCCAAAAUUCUACUACAACAGCUAUAGUGGUCAAUGCAUGAAAUUCACCUACAGGGGCUGCGGAGGAAAUGGGAACCGUUUCGAUACGGAGAAGCAAUGUCUGAAGCGCUGUGGAUCACAAGUCACACCCCGUCCCAAAGAUGUUUGUUUGUUGCCAAAGGAGCCAGGGCCAUGCGAAGCUGCUUCUCCAAAAUUCUACUACAACAGCUACAGCGGUCAAUGCAAGAAAUUCGUCUACGGGGGCUGCAAAGGAAAUGGGAACCGUUUCGAUACAGAGAAGGAAUGUCUGGAGCGCUGUGGAUCACGAGUCACGCCACAUCCCAAAGAUAUUUGUUCGUUGCCAAUGGAGUCAGGGCCAUGCAAAGCUGCUCAUCCAAAAUUCUACUACGACAGCUACAGCGGUCAAUGCAAGGAGUUUAUCUACGGAGGGUGCAAAGGAAACGAGAACCGUUUUGAUACAGAGAACCAAUGUCUGAAGCACUGUGGAUCACUUGUCACGCUACCUCCCAAAGAUGUUUGUUCGUUGCCAAUGGAGUCAGGGCCAUGCAAAGCUGCUCAUCCAAAAUUCUACUACGACAGCUACAGCGGUCAAUGCAAGGAGUUUAUCUACGGAGGGUGCAAAGGAAAUGGGAACCGAUUUGAUACAGAGAAGCAAUGUCUGAAGCAGUGUGGAUCACUUGUCACGCUACCUCCCAAAGAUGUUUGUUCGUUGCCAAUGGAGUCAGGGCCAUGCAAAGCUGCUCAUCCAAAAUUCUACUACGACAGCUACAGCGGUCAAUGCAAGGAGUUUAUCUACGGAGGGUGCAAAGGAAAUGGGAACCGAUUUGAUACAGAGAACCAAUGUCUGAAGCAGUGUGGAUCAUGUGUCACGCCACCUCCCAAAGAUGUUUGUUCGUUGCCAAUGGAGUCAGGGCCAUGCAAAGCUGCUUUUCCAAAAUUCUACUACGACAGCUACUCAGGUCAAUGCAAGGAGUUUAUCUACGGAGGGUGCAAAGGAAAUGGGAACCGAUUUGAUACAGAGAACCAAUGUCUGAAGCACUGUGGCUCACUUGUCACGCCACCUCCCAAAGAUGUUUGUUCGUUGCCAAUGGAGUCAGGGCCAUGCAAAGCUGCUUUUCCAAAAUUCUACUACGACAGCUACAGCGGUCAAUGCAAGGAGUUUAUCUACGGAGGGUGCAAAGGAAACGGGAACCGAUUUGAUACAGAGAACCAAUGUCUGAAGCACUGUGGAUCGCUUGUCACGCCACCUCCCAAAGGUGUUUGUUCGUUGCCAAUGGAGUCAGGGCCAUGCAAAGCUGCUCAUCGAAAAUUCUACUACGACAGCUACAGCGGUCAAUGCAAGAAGUUCAUCUAUGGGGGCUGCAAAGGAAAUGGGAACCGAUUUGAUACAGAGAACCAAUGUCUGAAGCAGUGUGGAUCACUUGUCACGCCACCUCCCAAAGAUGUUUGUUCGUUGCCAAUGGAGUCAGGGCCAUGCAAAGCUGCUUUUCCAAAAUUCUACUACGACAGCUACAGCGGUCAAUGCAAGAAGUUCAUCUAUGGGGGCUGCAAAGGAAAUGGGAACCGAUUUGAUACAGAGAACCAAUGUCUGAAGCAGUGUGGAUCACGUGUCACGCUACCACCCAAAGAUGUUUGUUCGUUGCCAAUGGAGUCAGGGCCAUGCAAAGCUGCUCAUCCAAAAUUCUACUACGACAGCUACAGCGGUCAAUGCAAGGAGUUUAUCUACGGAGGGUGCAAAGGAAAUGGGAACCGAUUUGAUACAGAGAACCAAUGUCUGAAGCACUGUGGAUCACGUGUCACGCUACCACCCAAAGAUGUUUGUUCGUUGCCAAUGGAGUCAGGGCCAUGCAAAGCUGCUCAUCCAAAAUUCUACUACGACAGCUACAGCGGUCAAUGCAAGGAGUUUAUCUACGGAGGGUGCAAAGGAAAUGGGAACCGAUUUGAUACAGAGAACCAAUGUCUGAAGCAGUGUGGAUCACGUGUCACGCCACCUCCCAAAGAUGUUUGUUCGUUGCCAAUGGAGUCAGGGCCAUGCAAAGCUGCUCAUCCAAAAUUCUACUACGACAGCUACAGCGGUCAAUGCAAGGAGUUUAUCUACGGAGGGUGCAAAGGAAAUGGGAACCGUUUUGAUACAGAGAACCAAUGUCUGAAGCACUGUGGAUCACUUGUCACGCCACCUCCCAAAGAUGUUUGUUUGUUUCCAAUGGAGCCAGGGCCAUGCAAAGCUGCUCAUCCAAAAUUCUACUACGACAUCUACAGCGGUCAAUGCAAGAAGUUCAUCUACGGGGGCUGCAAAGGAAAUGGGAACCGAUUUGAUACAGAGAACCAAUGUCUGAAGCACUGUGGAGCACGUGUCACGCCACGUCCGAAGGACAUAUGCUUGCUGUCGAAGGAUGAGGGGCCCUGCGGCGAUUCUUUGAAAAGAUUCUACUACGACGCCUAUACUGGAAAGUGCAAGAGAUUUACCUACGGAGGUUGCGAGGGCAACCAGAAUCGCUUUGAGACGAAGCUCGGUUGCAAGACCAGAUGUGCAGCUCGUAAGGGCAACUUUCGCAAAAAACGGAACCUUCCCAACGGGACGAAUCACGCAGGCAAGAUGCACACCAGCUUGGCAGUCACUGCGCUCCUCUUCAUCGCACUUGGGCAUCUGGCCAAAGGUCAGCAGAUCUGUCAGCUUCCCAAGGAAGGUGGCCCUUGCAGGGCCUAUUUCCGCAGGCACUUCUACAACACGACAAGCGGUCAGUGCGAGGAGUUCAUCUACGGAGGCUGCGGCGGGAAUGACAACAACUUCCUAUCCGCUGAAAAUUGUCGAAGGGCCUGCGAACAGGGCAAUGCUGGCAACGCAGACAAAGAAGCCGAAAGCACGGGUCAGAGUGUGUGUCAGCUCCCCAAGGCAGUUGGCAACUGCGGGGCUGGGGAACCCAGGCAUUUCUACAACAAGACAAGUGGUCAGUGCGAAGAGUUCAUCUACCAAGGCUGCGGUGCGAAUGGCAACAACUUCAGAUCCGCUCGAGUUUGUCGAAGGGCCUGCGAACAGGGUCGGAGUGUGUGUCACCUUCCCAAGCCAGGUGGCAAUUGCGGGGCUUCAGAACACAGAUAUUUCUACAACAAGACAAGUCGUCGGUGCGAAGGGUUUACCUUCAGAGGCUGCGUUGGGAGUGACAACAACUUCAGAUCCGCUCGAGGUUGUCAAAGGGCCUGCGAACUGGGUCGCAGUGAGUGUGACCUUCCCAAGCCAGUUAGCAACUGCAGGGCUGUAGAACGCAGGUAUUUCCACAACAAGACAAGCGGUCAGUGCGAAGCGUUCGUCUACAGACGCUGCGGUGGGAAUGGCAACAACUUCCGAUCCGCUCGCGGUUGUGAGAGGGCCUGCCAACGGGGCGCCUUCGUUCCAAGAAAGAUAUCCGUUGCUACGACAGAGCCGACUCCGAAGCUAUCAACGAUGAGCUCCAGUCUGACUUCUCCACGUUCUGCCAGGACAGCGUCAAUAGGUAGAAGCACUGAGAACUUGAACUAUACGAGGGGCUACAUAAACGGACUCCGGGAUGGCUACUACAGAGUAUCCCAAGCUGGCCAGCUAGGGCAAUCACAAGGUGGUCACAAAGAAGCAUACACGAGAGGAUACUACGACGGAUACCGAAGGGGCAGCUACAAUGGAUUACAGCACGGCAACAAAGCGGGAUACGGUAUUGGCUAUCGUACUGGGUACCACCAAGGGUACGGCGCCGGCUAUUUGAGACGUUAUUACGAACAGCCCGUGAGCUGGAUCAGUUACACAUAAUAUAUCCGGACAAUCGGACACCGAAAUUGUGUCGAUGAUCGGAGUUCUAUCUGCGGAAAUAAAUGUGCACUGUACCUCGAAGAAUGAAGAGUCUGGAAUCCUGUCAGGUACCGUCUGCAAACGAACACGAUAAAACACAACUGAAGCUGUCUACGUUUAGCAAGACACAAGCUUUAGCCCAGAGACCGGAAUUCUUCAGGUACGGCAAAUACGGAAGUCUGAAUAACAAGUUUACUCAGGCUUCUGCAUCCGUGCCUGAAGAAGCCCAGGCUCUGGUGUCCGUACCCGGCAGUUCCAAGCGGACUCUACCCCAUAUCACCAUUUCUCAAGCCUGACUGAUCCCCUGCAUGACUCGUCAUAGACCUCAAGAGUCAUUCCUCCUUAGUAUUCGAACGAAUGUUGCACGCACACCCUCACUCCUGUAUAAAAUGCGCCAGACGAACUCCCCCAAUUGCACAACCUGCUGCAUGGAAGUCGACAUGGAGCACUAUCUAUUAUCCUACAAUCGGUCUCUCUCUCAGUGACCCGUCCUCCAAAAGCGCUUGCGACAACUUGGUUAAAACAACGUUGCUUUCGCCACUCUGCUCGGCACAGUUCUCAAGUUCUCCUGUCGUCCACUGGAUUGCUCCAGACCUUUAGCUCUUUCAUGUAUUUUCAUCCUUGAUAAUCUUCACAUAAUGUUCCACGUGCAAUGGGGUAGGGUACCGCACCCCCGCGGUGAAACACCCCCAUCUCAUCGUUAUCAUUUAUUGCUGUUGUUGAUGUCUCCACAAAUAUGGGCAGUUACGACUACCUCCCGACAAGCCUCGGAGGCCUCCUUUUGUGUUCUGUACGUGUGUGGUUUUCUUUUCUUUUUUCUUUUUAAGAGAAUAGGAGGUCGUCCUGCGCCUUUUCCUGCCUUUCUUUUUCAAUAAACAUAUACCUCCCCACC